GAGAGCCCUGAAUCCUCUCCUCUACAAAGAAUGAGUCAUAUGUAUUCUCAAGGGUCUCUCGGGGCCCCUCCACUUGGUCAGUUGUAAUUCAAGGCCUGCAAGGCCCAACAAUGUGCCUCAACUUUCAGCGCUGAAAGAAAAGUGACCAAGGACAAGUUAAAUCUAUCAAUCCAGAGAAUGGGUCAAUUUGAAAUGGAAACGUGUAGAACAAUAUUGUAAGACAUCAUCAAUUCAAUAAUCCUAAAUAUGAAAAGGACUUCAAUUUCAAGCAUAUCUUUGAACCUUCGACCUGUGAACACGAUGUUGUAAUCGUCACAAUUGGGCUUAGGUCUCUCUUUGCCUCAGUAAGUCCGCCAAACAAUCGAGCGACAUACAUGUACGUAGUAUGUCGCUUGGAUAGGGUGCAAAUCGGAGGUGAAGAAGGAUCGCAUCGCAUCACCAAAGUGAACGUGAAGAAGUUUUCCACAAUGUCCCAAUCUGUCCCUUUGCCGGAUUCCAGUCGAUCGAUUAACGGCGAGCCUAUCUUCAUGCCACCCCCAAGCCCUGAAGGGUCAAACCCUUAUUCCAUGUGGAGAAUUGGCGGCAACUCAGAGCAUGGAAGUGUCAAUGGAGAUACUCUAAGUGAUAACCUGAGCACGGGGUCUUCUCCGCGUCCAUCAGAUCCCAAUUUGAUGCAUACUGUUCGGCCGGUCAGCUCAGAGGAAUCACCGGUUCCAUCUCCUGCUUCUCCCAUGGCAUUUCCGAUGGGUGGAGUGAGAUCUUUCGUUCAACCACGGACCUCACCGGGGAGUUCCACCUCUUGUCAAGGUAGACCCUCACCCGCUUAUGGAAAUGGAUCACCGGCUCAGUAUGCAGGGAUAUCGCCCAUUCACUCAAGGUCAACCUUUCCCACCCCACCUUGUAAAUAUCAUUCUUCUCAAGCCAUGCCCAACAAGAGGUCAGUUUACGACUUCAUGGUCGUUGAGCCCAUCAUGAGGAGAAAAGUGGUCAAGAGGAACAAGCAAUUGGACCGCGAAAUUGAUGACAUGGUCUCUAGUGGCAGUGAUUCGGAGAGCUUGACCUCUGAUCGAAGUCUCUCGCCAGGAUGCCACAAGCAUGUGAUGAAGCUCAAUAUUCCGGAUAUUCAAUAUCAGUUUCUCAAUCAAACUGCCAAGGACAAGGCCAAGGAUAGUUUGAGAAACAUAUUGAAAGCCUUUUCAAAUGACCAACCGUUGGAUAUUCUGCGAGAUUUGCUAACCCACAACGAGGUGGCGCAAUUGGACACUUCCAUUCGCCAAGGCAAUUUGGAGUCAGAGAGAAUGAAAAGUUGUUCCUCGGCCUUGCACAAUCCGAAUACCUCAUUUAACCGGAAGGUCAUCAAUAGAAGGAUGAUUUCCGUGACCAAAGGUAGCCAAGUAGUAUCUAACAAGACCUUCAAAAUCUGGGCCACUCAAGUGCAAGAAAAAUCGAAAGUACAAACUCCGUCCAAGAUAUCCUACCCACCGGGAUCACUAAAUGCAAUUAAGGAAACUUCGGACGAUGUUCUAGUUCUAUCGGGUAGCCAUAGCUCAGGUCAUGGUGCCAAGACCGAGAUCAUGCAGCUAUUGUGCUUGAUGUCCAAUUCCAAAGAAUGGACAGAAGCCCUCAAUUCGUUCUAUGUUGGAGACUACCCUCCCAAGGGGUCGCUGUGCAUUUGCAGCAGAAAAGAACCAGCAGUACUGUCCAUGAUGUUAAUCGGAGACUCGGGAAAGAACACAUUUGUUGGAUUGAACUGUUUGAAGAUCAUUGCCCGGAAAAAAGAUCACCCCAUGGGGGUUUGGACCAAGUUCCUUCUGCAAAGCAUGACAAAAGGAAUCCACAACGCCAAACUAGUUCAAGUUCAUGACGGGAUUGCUACAUUCAAGAUUAAAAAUCUGUGCAACCUUGCGGAGCAUUUAGAGCAAUUGAUGUCUGUUUAUGAAACAACUGUUCCUUUGUCCACCACCAAGCAAAGUCUCAAGAUUCGCACAAAGAUGAGCCACGAAACCAUGUUUACGAAUGAAUUGUUUGUCCAAAAAGACUAUACCAUACAUUUAUGUUGUAAUGUAGUUGCGGGGAUUAGUCAACCUUGCCUUAAUUUUAUACUCACUAAAGCCAUUCCUUGUGAUACUUAAUAUCUGGGAGUGAAGAUCAUUUUAUCCUCUUUUAUAUUUGAAUCGCUUGUACGUGAGUAAACAGUAACUUUAUAUGCGUGCUUUUUUUAAAUGAAGAUGAAAGUGAAACAAUAAAAUAAUUUAUCAAGCGCU